AUCAAUACGCGGUAACAGAUGAAGUGAACCAACAAAUCCGCAACUGCUUUUCUAUAACUUCCUCAUUACAGUUCUCUUUUUCUUCUUCUUCUUUCUCCCUUACAGUUUUCUUCUCUCUUUAAAAAGAGGAAAGAAGAGAAAAGUCUUUGUAGCAGGAAUCACGCGCGCCAUAACACCAAACAUACUUCUACCUCCACCGUUAGCGGCGGCAAUGCCGCCAGAACUUCCACCGGCGCCGCCUCCUACAACAGUGACUAAACUUUGAUUACAUAAAAUAGUCAAUAAAUCCGAACAAAUUUUGGUUUCAUUUUUUCGAAAAUGUCAGUAGCCAUGAAGCGGAACCAAAACCCAACACGCGACUUAAAACACCGUGUCCUCACGUGCCUCCACAAACUUUCCGACCGCGACACUCACUCUGCUGCGGCCGCCGAACUCGAAUCCAUCGCUAAGACACUCUCAUCAGAAACAAUUCCUCCUUUCCUCUCCUCCAUCUCCGCUGUCGAUUCCGCCGACAAAUCUCCUGUCCGAAAACAAUGCCUCCGUCUCAUCUCCCUUCUGUCCGAGCAGCACCGUGACACUCUCUCACCUCACCUCUCCAAAGUCCUCUCCGCUGUCGUCCGCCGCCUCCGUGACCCUGACUCCGCCGUCCGCACCGCCUGCGUCACCGCAUGCACCUCCAUCUCAUCAAACCUCACACAACCUCCGUUUUCCUCAAUUAUCAAACCCUUCCUCGAAGCGCUGUUCACGGAGCAGGAGAUGAACGCUCAGAUCGCCGCAGCAUUAUGUUUAUCAGCGGCAAUUGAGGCGUCGCCGGAGCCGGAUGUUGUCUGCUUGAGGAAGCUGUUGCCGAGGUUCGAGAAACUUCUCAAGUGUGGGAGCUUUAAAGCGAAGGCGGCAGUGCUUACGUUGAUCGGUAGUGUGAUUGGAGUAGGAGGAGCUUCUAAUCAGCAGACAAUGAGGAAUUUGGUGCCGUAUUUGGUGGAAUUUAUGAGUAGUGAGGAUUGGGCUGCUAGGAAAGCUAGUGUAGAGGCUUUGCUCAGACUCGCCAUAGUUGAGAGAGAUUCACUCUCGGAAUUCAAAACUUCUUGCCUCAAGACAUUCGAGGCUAAAAGAUACGAUAAGGUGAAGGCUGUGAGGGAAACAAUGAACCAAAUGUUGGAGGUGUGGAAAGAAAUCCCUGAUUUGUCUGAUGAUGACUCUCCUCUACCCCAGUCAAAUUCAUCAUCUAAAGAAAAUGCUAGUGAUGGGCGUUAUCCACCUAGCGUGAAGACCUCCUAUACCAUGAGCUCUGGUGCGCCUAGUGUUAGAAAAAAGCAGGCUCAUAAGCCAGCUUCUGCUGAUGGUUCUUCUGCUCGUACAGCCUUAAAAGGUCGUCUUUCGAACACUUUUGAAAAGAAAUCAACCCCAGCAAUCUUCCGCAAACUUGAUCACAAGAAGCCAUCUGAAUCGAAAGUUGAAAUUUCUGCUCCUCUUGGUACUCCUGGGACCAGGACUUCUGAGAAUGAAACUAAAAACAAAGAGGGGAGACUGGCAGACAAAGAUGAGGAGAUGGAACAACAAACAAAGCUAGAAGUCCAACGAACCCUUUUCAGUAAGAUCUCUGGUGAAAGAAAGCCUGGUAUAUUGAGAGCUGGAUCGCGUGUGGUUCCAUAUCUUAAUGAGAGAUCAGAAUCUACUGUUAUUGUAAGUAAUGAAACUGGGGAUCUCUAUAGGAACCCAAAAGAAUGUGAAUUCGAAGAUCUCUCUCAGAUCCGGAAACAACUUGUGCAAAUUGAAAACCAGCAGUCCAGUUUGUUUGAGCUUCUCCAGAGAUUUAUUGGGAGUUCAGAGAGCGGCAUGCGUUCUUUAGGGACUCGAGUUCAAGGUCUAGAGCUGGCAUUAGAUGAGAUCUCAUUUGACUUUGUUAUGUCCACCGGAAGGAAGUCAAGGACCGACUCUGCAGCCAUGUGUUGCAAGCUACCAGGUGCAGAAUUCUUUAGUUCAAAACUUUGGAAGAGAAAAGGAGGUCGGAGUUCUACCUCACGAUCUUCUGCUCAUGGUGAAACCUCAUCAGGAGGUGCUGUAAGCAGAAAAGCUGGUGAGCAUGGAGAUGGAGAAAGAUUUAAUUUGGAACGUGGGAGAUCUCGGUUUCGCGGUAAUCAUGGAUUUAUUGUCAAUCCAUUAGCAAAAAUGCAUCCUGAAUCUCAGGGAAUCUCUGAACCUUCGUCAAGUGGAGUUUCAAACAAUUUCUGUAAUGGUGUAUGAGAAUUUAUUGCAGGCUGUGUAGAUUGGAAUGAGGGCUCGGUUCAAUUCUCAAAUUAGGUUGGACCUUGAGCAUAUGGUAGGACAAAAGAGCGAAGCAGGAAGCAGUUUUCUAAUAGAGCUACUACAGUAAUUAUGCCUUCACAUAUUUGGCGAAGGAAUAGUACAUUCAGAAAAGCUUGGCCCAAGGUAAUGCAUCCACUUCUGGUCAUUCUACCAAGACUUCCGGUAGAAUUAGUGUUUGUAACUUGAUUUCUUUGAUAUUUCACGCUAGAGGAAGAAAGAAUAUUUGAGAGACAGGAAGCUGUAACAGUGUAUUUCGGGUUUAAAAGGGCAAGAUGUCUCUGAAUAUAAUAGGAAGUUAUCUGUUUACUUUCAGUAAUAGUUUUUGCUACGAUUUCUCUAUGCAUUAUCAUUAUACAAUAUGAUGAUGUCAGAGUAUGUAAUGUUUUCUAUAAUGAUGAAUCGUGUUUGAUCGUUUAGUUUUAA